CUGAAAGGAACAUGGUGGCCGCUUCCUCCCUCCUAAGCAGCAGCAGUAACGGCGUCGGCGGCUCCCUAGGUUCUCUUUGAGGGGCCGGGACGCUGCGAGCACGGCGUCAGCAGAUCAGCCAGGCCAAGGAGCGUCUCUGCGCUGAGGAAGCCGAGGCAGUCCGGUAUUUGUCUGACGCCGAGACGCUGCCACAGGGAUCCUAGGCAUAACAAUGAGAGAAGAUAAAGGUCCAAGAGUGGUUGAUUAUUUUGUAGUGGCAGGUCUCACGGAUACAUCAGCACUUCUAGAUCAAGAGGGAAAUCGCUCUGAAACCAAGUCUUUUGGUCCAAAGGCUCCAAUCACUGACCUUGCAGUGAUCAUCAAAUCAGCAGGUGAAACUGUUCCUGAGGGAUAUACAUGUGUAGAAGCAACUCCUACAGGACUUCAGGCCAAUUUGAACUAUGGAAGUCUUAAAAGUCCAGAGCUUUUUCUUUGCUACAAGAGAAGCAGGGACAAACCACCGCUUACUGACAUUGGAGUUUUAUAUGAAGGGAAGGAGGUCAUAAAGCAAGAUUGUGAGGUGAUCCAGGCUACUCCCUAUGGCCGCUGUGCAAAUGUCAAUAACAGUUCAGCCUCUUCCCAGCGAAUCUUUAUCACCUUUCGGAGGGCUCUUCCAGUGCGAGCUCAGAACUCCUUGGCUGUUACCGACAUAUGUGUUAUUGUAACUAGUAAAGGAGAAACCCCACCUCACACUUUCUGCAAAGUUGAUAAGAAUUUAAAUUGUGGCAUGUGGGGUUCCAGUGUAUACCUCUGUUACAAGAAGUCAGUUCCAGCUUCUAACUCAAUUGCAUAUAAAGCUGGUUUAAUAUUCAGAUAUCCAGAAGAUGACUACGAGUCAUUCCCCUUGUCUGAAUCAGUACCUCUCUUCUGUCUUCCAAUGGGGGCUACCAUUGAAUGCUGGGAUCCUCAAACAAAAUACCCACUACCUGUAUUCUCAACAUUUGUUUUGACUGGCUUGUCUGCAGAAAAAGUAUAUGGUGCAGCUAUCCAGUUUUAUGAGCCUUAUGCACAAGAGUUAUUAAAUGAAAAGCAACACAUGCAGCUUGGUCUUCUGACAGCUGUAGAGAGAAAAAAAGUUACCUCCAAAUCUAUAAAUUCCAACAAAUGCAUCUGCCUUCUGUCACACUGGCCUUUCUUUGAAGCCUUCCGAAAAUUUCUGAUGUUUAUCUAUAAGCUGUCUGUGUCUGGGCCGCAUCCUCUUCCAAUUGAAAAGCACAUAUCUCACUUUAUGCACAACAUACCUUUCCCUUCACCACAAAGACCAAGAAUCCUUGUGCAGCUUUCGGCCCAUGAUGCAUUAAUAUUAUCUCAACCAGUUUGUACACCUUUACCACUCAGUGGGGCAAACUACAGCACUCUGCUUAUGAACCUUGGACCAGAAAACUGUGCUACUUUACUCCUCUCUGUAUUGUUGGAAGGCAAGAUUCUACUACAUUCUCUCUGUCCAGCUGUGCUGACUGGAGUUGCGGAAGCUGUGGCUGCUAUGAUCUUUCCGUUUCAAUGGCAGUGUCCCUACAUCCCCCUCUGUCCUUUGUCUCUGGCAACAGUGCUCAGUGCUCCUGUCCCAUUUAUAGUUGGAGUUGAUUCACGGUAUUUUGAUCUGUAUGAGCCACCACAAGAUGUGGUUUGCAUUGAUUUAGACACAAACAUGGUGUACAUAUCAGAUGAUAAGAAGAAUAUGAACUGGAAACUGCUCCCUAAGAAGCCUUGCAAAAGCCUUCUUGGAACAUUAAGGAAAUUGCACCCACAACUUGCCUUAGUUCACAGAAAGACCCAAGAAGGCUCUGCCGUUGAGAUGAAGCCGAUAGAGGCAGAUUUCUCCUGGCAGAAAAAGAUGACGCAGUUCGAAAUGGAGAUUCAGGAAGCUUUCCUGCGUUUUAUGGCCUAUAUCUUAAAAGGGUAUCGAAUUUUUCUUAAGCCAAUCACACAAGCACCUUCAAAUAAAACUACUGCUGUGGAUUCCCUGUUUGACCUUCAAGGAUUUUUAAAAAGUAGAGACCGUGCCUACACAAAAUUCUAUACAGCUUUAACAAAGACCCAGAUUUUUAGCCGCUUCAUUGAAGAAUGCAGUUUUGUGAGUGACAAAGAUACAGGAUUAGCAUUUUUUGAUGACUGUGUAGAAAAGCUUUUUCCUGAGAAAGGAUCAGAAAAAGGAGAUAAGGUUGAUGUCGACUCAGCAGAGGAUAUCCGGUUAAUUGAAUUUGAUGAAUCUCAGAAGAGUGAACAUACAGUAUUUAUAAUGCCACCAGAACCACCCCCAGACGAUGGACAGGAAAGAUUACCAAAGUAUAGCUACAAGACCUUCCCUAAGUUAGAGCUUAAGCUCUUUGACAGACCACAAGAUCUCAAACUUGCCUUCAAGAGGCACCCAGCUAAAAGCAACAUUUCAAAUAGUCCAGCACUUAUGGCAAAGAGGACCAAGCAGGAAAUAAAAGCAGCUCAUAAACUAGCCAAGAGAUGCUACGGAAACUGCCCACAGUGGGCCAAAUUCCUUUUCAGUCAUUGUUACAGCUUAUGGUUUAUUUGUCUCCCAGCCUAUGUUAGACUUUCACAUCCCAAAGUCAGAGCGCUGCAGCAAGCAUAUGAAGUUCUUAUUAAAAUGAAAAAAACAGAUGUGGAACCACUAGAUGAAGUGUGUUAUAGAGUUUUAAUGCUGCUCUGUGGACUUUGGGGCCAUCCUGUCCUGGCUGUGCGGAUUCUCUUUGAGAUGAAAAAUUCUGGCAUAGAACCAAAUGCAAUUACUUAUGGCUACUACAAUAAGGCAGUUUUGGAGAAUCCCUGGCCUAGCAGUAAUCGCAGCGGUAUAUUUCUUUGGACAAAAUUGCGGAAUGUGGUACACAGUAUGGCACAAUUAAGGCAGUGUCUCAAAAAGUCUACACAGACUUCACAGGUUGCUUCAAUACCAGCUUCACGGAAGAUCCCAGGUGGAAGUGAUGGGGACACGGUGAGCCAUGGUAGUGUGGAUAGUUCUAAUGAUGCUAACAGUGGGGAGCACACUCUCUUCGUCAGAGACUUAGUCAGGCUUGAUUCCAUUGAUAAUCACUCUAGCACAGGAGGCCAGUCGGAUCAAGGCUACGGUUCCAAAGAUGAACUUAUAAAGGAUGAUGGAGACCACCUACAUUCAACAGAUGUGCUUAUAGAAAAAGAUCUUGCUGCAAAAGCUGAAGACUUAAUUGGAGAUUUUUCUGGCACCAAUGAAUCUGCAGAAAAACAGCACUCUAAUAUAGAAUUGCAAACCCCUGUGGAAGUGCCUUUGCAUUCCUCAAGCAGUAUUGUGAAGGUUCCAUCUGGUAUGUUUGUUCUUCCUGGCAGGAAAAGCAGUAGUGGAACUGCAUGCAGUCCACUGUUCAUCGUUCAGGAUCCUCUUGAAGAUUCAGUGUUUGAUUGUAACACUUCUCCCAGAAGAGCAAGUGAAAAAGGGAAGAAAAGGCAAAAACAUUUUUCUGGAAGGACUUGCAGUUUCAGUACUGAAAGCAGAGCAGACAUGCUGCUGAAGAAGAACAGCUUAGACUCUAACUCCAGUGAUCUUGCCAUAAUGAUGGGAGCAGAUGCAAAGAUCCUCACCGCCGCUCUAUUGGGGGCCAAAACCUCUCCACCCCAUAUGAGUAAAUCACAUCCUUUUGAUGAUGCCAAUGGCAUACAAUUCUUCUGUGGGUCAGACAGUCCCAGAACUGAUGCAGAAGAAAACACAUGGGAAAUAGGGGCUAGCUCUUCACCAGUUGUGAAAGAACCUGGAGAUCAAUUGAAAAACGGACUCAGUGACAGCACAGUCGAAUCAGAGUGCAGUAGCCCCAGACCUCCUGAUACCCUUCAGUCUAAAACUGAGCAAGGAGAACCCAAAGAGACAACAAACAAAAGGAGUAGUUUUUAUGGUGUAGCCAAGCCAGUUGAAAGGGAAGAUGUUCAAAUGGGUUUGGAUCCGUUAUCUUUGCUGGCCACAGAAACAAAAGCCAUCAAACCCGCUGAGCCGGAAGAAAAGAUCAUGUCACCAGUUGCAGCACGCAAUCUGGCUGAGGAAAUUGAAAGCUACAUGAAUCUAAAAAGUCCCUUGGGCAGCAAAUCUUCCAGCAUGGAAUUACACAGGAAAGAGAGCGACCGGGAAGAGGAUUCCCCUAGUUCAUCAGGGCCCAGUUUAGAGAGAAGGUCAAGCUUGGAUUUCAUCCCCCUGCCCCCAACACCACAGAUUCAAAAUGUUAAUCAUAAAAGUCCACAUGACUCCAGGUCCAAAACCUUUACUGGAAGGCCAAAGCAACUGGCUCUUUCGCGCACCCAAAAAGAACGGACGAUAUCUUUAACAGGGCUGGGUCGUUCUCCUCAGGCUUCAUUGGGUGCAGUUGUCCCCUAUCUGACAGGGCUGAAGCUAGACCACAUACUAUCUGGGCCUAAAAUAGAGGUCUUGAAAUCUGGCAUGAAACAAGCAGCUAACGUCGCCAGCAAGAUGUGGGGAGCAGUGUCAUCAGCAUACAGUUAUUCGGAUGAUGAGGAGGAAAACAGCCGACCUGAUUUUACCUUUCCUGCUGGCUUUGAAGAUCAUAUAUUAGGUGUCUGUCAGUCACCAAAAAUAGGAAUCCCAGGACUGGCUACCAGUGAACUUGCGCAGAGCACCACAAGUCUUGGAAGCAGCAACAGCAGUGGAGACUUAGGGAAACCACACUAUCCUACAGGGGAAAAUCAAUCUUCACAAGGUAUGAAAGGUUUGGAUUCUGAUAAAUCUGAACAUGGCUCUUCAUACAAUACCAGUCUAUCCAGUAUCUUCCAGAACUGUUCAAUGGAGGUCUUAAUGUCCAGCUGCUCUCAGUGUCGAACCUGUGGUGCCUUGGUUUAUGAUGAAGAAAUUAUGGCAGGAUGGACUGCAGACGAUUCUAAUUUGAAUUCUACAUGUCCAUUUUGCAAAAAUGCCUUUUUACCUCUCCUUAAUGUGGAAUUUAAAGACUUACGUGGCCUUGCAAGUUUGCUUUUGAAACCAAGUACCUCUGGUGAUAGUUUACACAGCACUAACAUUCCAUUAACCACGGAUUCUCUGGAACCGAAAUCUGCCUCCAUCCCUACCACCGAUCUAAUCAGUUUUUCAGAACCUUCAAGUGCCAACCAGACCAUCAAUGAAGAAAAUAGCAGCCCAGCAACACAAAGCAUCAAUACAGCAGAGGAAGAAGACAAAAAUCUCAAACGCGUAAAGCCUCCUGUUACAAAUAAUUCAUCAAAACGCGGGACUUCUCUGACUCGGAGUCACAGUGUUGGUGGCCCACUGCAAAAUAUUGAUCUCCUGCAAAGACCAUCUCAUGGCAUUUCAACUGUUAGCCUCCCUAAUAGUUUACAAGAGACAGUGGAUCCCUUAGCGAAAAGGACAAAUCCUUCGCCUGUAUCCGUUCCCUAUUUGAGCCCAUUGGUUCUCCGGAAGGAGCUUGAAUCUUUGUUGGAGAAUGAAGGAGAACAAGUAAUUCACACAUCAACAUUCAUCAAUCAGCAUCCCAUUAUUUUUUGGAAUUUGGUCUGGUAUUUCCGACGCCUGGACCUCCCAAGUAACUUGCCCGGUCUCAUUCUAACAUCUGAACACUGCAAUGAUGGAACGCAGCUUCCUCUGACCAACUUGUCUCAAGACAGCAAGCUAGUGUACAUACAGCUACUGUGGGACAACAUCAAUCUUCACCAAGAAUCCGGGGACCCACUAUAUGUAUCUUGGAGAAAUCACAAUUCUGCAGAAAAGAAGCCCUCGGUCAAUUCUGAAGAGCAACAAGCAAUAAGCACUUUAGUCGAAAACAUCAAACUGAGCAUUCAGCACAAUGAUGUGGUUAAACCUCUUAAUCUCCUUGUGCAGAGAGUUAAGCGGGAUGAGAAACGGCAAAGGAGUUUUUACAGAGAAAUCCUUUUCCUGUCCCUGGUGUCCCUUGGAAGAGAGAAUAUUGAUAUUGAGGCCUUUGACAAUGAAUACAGAACUGCAUAUAAAAGCCUUCCGGUAGAAGUACUCAAAAAAAUGCAAAAGAUUGAUUCUCCACCCAGUGACAAUGUAGAGUGGUGCAGAAAAUGCUUUGGGGCACCUCUCAUAUAGAUUCCACCAUGGAAGACUUAUCAAGAAAAAAAGGAGAGAUAACUGGGAAUGUAUAAAUUUUGCUUCAAGCUCCAGAAUUCUAGUUAAAACAACUGCUGUGUGCAAUCCACUUAGCCAACAUUGUUCUGUGACACUUGAUAUUUAUACCAGGUCAUGAAUUAAAUACGCUAACUCAAAAUAAUCCAAUUUACAGUUAACUUUCAACCAUGCUCUAUUUAAUCCUUCCCUUCCAUCUAGAAGGUGAAGAAUGAUAACAAAGGGACUUUAAUUUGCUUGCUUUCUUGUAAGACUUCAGUGUUCCUUCUAGCUCAAGUUAGCCUUCUAUUUCCCGAGUACAUUGAUUUAUGUAUGGAGGAAAUUCUACUACAUUUGUAUGUGCAUAUUUAAUGUACAUUUUCAUUAUGAAAUGCAUUUAUUUCCCUUGGUUCAAAAGAAUGGGCUGUAGCUUUAGCAAAGGGGCCUCUUAAAAGCCAUCACUAUCCCAAUUCAUAGAAAAAUUAUAACCUUUAUCCUGGCUGUGUAAAGCAAAGCUUGUUGUUUCUUCUUCUCAUAGUAACUUUUUAAAGUGUACAUAUGUUUUCUGAAGCAAUGAUGGGUGUCUACCCGGAGUGGCUCUAAGAUUUUUUUUAUAAAGGAAAACUGAGAGUAGAUGAACAAAGGUACAUAAAGGGGCAUGGAAUAUUCAUAUUUUUAGCAUUCAUAGAAAACUGCAUGUGCAGGUCUGUGUAUAUCUAUAUACACAGACCCACAAACAUAUAUAUGUGUGUGUGUACUUACACACACACACACACACACACACAUAUACAUAAAAUUUCAGUGCACUAAUGUUCCAUCCCUGCUUAUUUUUUCUAACCUGUGGGAUAUGUAUCUUUUUUGCACUGGCUGAGGUAAAUACUUCUGUGCUAAAUGUAUUUAUACUCAUACACUUGAAGAUGAAUUUACUUAAAAUGAAAAUACUAAUUUUUAAUGUUAAAGUAUUUUAUUUCCCUGCUUAUUAUAUUCACACCUCAGUUUUCUUCACAAUUCCUGGGUUUAUCUCCAAUAUCAGAUAUUCAUUUAAAGCAGUAUUGUAAUAAAGAUUUAGGGACGGUUCAAUGAUUUUGAACAAUUAUGGAUUUUAAAAAUGGAUUAAGAUUUAGAUACAAAAUGCAUUCUUGAUCAUGACUUUUCAAGGCUGUCUUUUGCCCAUAUAAUUAAUCAUUCUUUAGUAGUACUGCUGGAGAUAAACCAUUGCAAAUCUUAGUCAAAGUGAAAUUAUCACAACAUUACACAGAAUACAACAUUUUGCACUUUUUGGAACAAUCUGGUAUGAUAGCAUUUUUUAAAAAAAUUAUUUACUCUAAGCCACAUUUCAAAGUUCUUGGAAAUUUGUUUUUAAAACAAUUUCCAUGUUUUUAAAAGUUACUGUUUAAAACAGUUUCCAUUGUAUUACUUUCUGGUCUCGCCCUUUCAAGGAAGUGUUGGGGGAUUAGGGUGUUAACACUUUCUGUACAAUUACCUAUUUUAAUUUUUGAAUCACUUAUGUCCAUCAGCAAAUACAAUGGGUUUUUCAUCUACGCAUGAUUUUAUGUUAAUAAACCUCUUGUGAAACACAAUUCUAUAUAGUCAUAUUUACAUUAUAGCAAUUAUAUCUUAACAUAAGGACAGAAAUAAUGCUCUAGAUUUUUUUUAAAAAGCAAGCUAUUUACCACUACCGUUUUUUUGUUUCAUUUAUAAACUAACAUAGUUUAUAGUUUAUUUUUCAUCAGAAGCAAUGUGGGCUGUCCUAAAUCACUGCAUGUUUAAUGGCAAUCUUUUUGAUCCCUCUAUAAUGUCAAAAUUCAAAACUAGCUUAUGAACUGCCAUUAGCCUUGUACACAGUAAGACACUUUGACUGUUGAUCCAGAAGUACAAAUAUUUUGACAUUUGGAGCACCAGUGUGGGAUAGACUUGUAUCGCCAUAUUCACUGUUAUUUUAAUUUUUUAAAAAAAUAAAUGUGAUACUGGCACAAAGGAAUAUGCCACCCUCAAGUACAGUACCAUUCUUAUUUGCAAAACAUGCUCUGAAUCCUGCAAAAAUUCCAGAACAUCUUUAGAAAGCAAAUAUAGGCAGCCUAGAUUUUUUUUAAAGUAUUUUUCCCCCAAUACACACAGAGAAAAGCCAGGGGAGAAGCAGGUCUGUCAUCUUACCUUGUUUUAGAUCUUAUGUUCCAUGAGUCAUUUCAUGACAACUCUCAUGCUCCCGUUUCCAGCAUGCUGAACAUCCCAACAGGGUAGCAGGUUACAUCUCAGGAUAGUGAACAUGUAUGUCCAUGAGGGAGUUCCAUUCUUGAAUGAAAUUUUCCAGCAUCUCUAAACAAUGCCAUUGCUGACUAAAAUCUUUCUUCAAUUUCUGUCAAGCAUUCAACAAUCUUGCACUUACCAAGGUUGCCUAGCCAACUGCCCAAUAAAUUGUAGUUAACAAACUAAAUUUAGAUCAAUGACUGGAUUUAAUCCUACACAGGUUCCAUAUCAAAGCUCGUGUGCCUUUUGAAUUUGAAUCACCUUCAAUCUUAUUUAACUGAAAUAUGCAUAGUUCAAAACAAUAUUCAGUGUUUCAAUGUUGAUCGAAAGGUGGAGAUCCAAUUGCAAUUGAGCUUUUGCUAAUCACAAGCUAUUUCCAAAUUUGCUCUUGAAUCAAGUACAGACACAGAUCCCUCUUACUAUCUAUAGAGGAAUAGCCAAUUUUGCCCUUACUGCAUGUAUAUUAGAAGCCACAAAGGAGGAGUUAGUGAUUAUGCAAAUUAUGGGAUCUCAUAUCCUUUGAUGUAGAUAAUAUUUAAUAUGUUAAGUGAAAUCGGGACUUAAUUUAAGUGUUUUAUAGUUCUUUACUGAUUCAAAGGUUCACAUUUCAAUAGUUGGUGAACAAUAAAAGGAGAGUAUUCAGUUAUAAAAUGCCAAUUAUAUUUGUACAGCUAAUUUUUAUACAUAUUUGGAAAUCCCUGUUUUGGGGAGGGGUAGAAAAAUAUCCCUCAGGGCAACCUUAUGUAUUUAUGCUAUAAAACAAGAUUUGAGUUAAAUGAGAUUAUGUGGAGGGUAUCUGCUCUGAAAUACCAUGUAAAAAUCCACAUAAUUCAGAGCUAUUUAAUUGUAAGAGGGAAAAAUAUGGGAAUAUAAAAUUGCACACAACUUGCUACUGUUGAUGUUAUUACUGCACAUCAGACUGAAAUAUCCACUGUCAGAUAAAUUAAGACCUCUAUUGAGUAGUUUUGUAAAAAAAAAAAAAAAUUAACAGAGCAAUUAGCAGUGAAGCUGUUUCCCAUUUUCAAUUUAUUUUAUAAAAUA